AUGUCACCCAACGUAGAUUCAUCUCUGUCUACUAUUUUCGAGCAGUUUUCCAAACAGUACUCAGAUCUGGACACUCAGGAGAAAGUGUUGAAGUUUGAGGAUUUUGUGAAUGUGCUCAGAAAUCAGGAGAAGCCAAAUCUCUCUAGAGUGACUUCGUUCCUGCCAAUCGACUCCUUUGGGUUACUUUAUCUAAUUGCUGACCACGAGAAGAAAGGAUACUUGACAGAGAGCGAUUUUCAGAAGUUUUCCAAGGAACUCCUCAAUGUGCAGACUAAUACUGAGGAGUCCCCCAAGUUACUUUUCAAGCUGUUCAAGCUGUUCGAGAAAGAUUUUUACAAUGAGCGCGAGACUCCUCAGGAGAUCAAGACGGACCGGUUCUUGGAUAUUCUGUCGAACCUGAACCAGACAAUAAAAACAAGUUCUGACAUCGAGCCUGUGAAAAAAUAUCUUGAGGAGAAUAAACUCGACAAAUUGACCCCGGCAGACUUUUCCGCGCUUAUCGAAAAGUUGCCAUUGAUCAAGCUUGACGAAAAGUUCAAGCAGCUGUCCCAGAACGACAAGAUCGACAUCGCUAGCUUCAGAGACAUAGUCAACGAAAUAUUCCACUCUAGACUUCCAGACAAUAUUCUUUCACGGAUUGAAUCGUUUUCAAAAGCCAAUUUUGGCCCAAGCCUGUCGCUGAGCGACUCAGAAACCGUGAUCAAGCUUCUUAAAGAUCUUCCCUCGCUGAAUUACGCCAUAUAUGAGCAGAUCUCCACUGGACAGUACAACAACACAAAUAAACUGAUUUCCAAGGAUGAGUUCUACAAGUUUGCCAAAUCUCGCGUUGCUGGCUCCCUCACUGAGGAGGAAGCGUCGCUAUUCUUCAAAUGGAACCUGCAGCUUCUCCAGCAGCAAGAUCGCACCUCUGCCAUUAAAUCUGGCGACAUGUUGGCUAUUCUCACGGACGACUUGAUCAAAAGCCGCGAGUCUUCGGAUAUCGUUCCGUUCAGUUUCUAUCCGAUUUUGAAUUCGGCUUACUCUUUCCUUCUUGGAUCCGUGGCUGGUGCCAUUGGUGCUACUGUUGUUUACCCAAUUGAUUUGGUGAAGACCAGAAUGCAAAAUCAGAAGGGCAACUCUCUCUACUCGUCAUACGGUGACUGUUUCCGCAAAGUGUUCAAACACGAAGGUUUCAUUGGGCUUUACUCUGGUCUGCUUCCUCAGCUGGUUGGUGUUGCUCCGGAAAAGGCCAUCAAACUCACUGUUAAUGACAUAGUGAGAGGAAUUGGAGCGGGCUACUGCAAGAAUGGCGAGCUGACUAUGGGCUGGGAGAUCCUGGCCGGAUCUUCUGCUGGUGCCUGCCAAGUCAUAUUCACCAAUCCUCUUGAGAUCACCAAAAUCAGACUGCAAGUGCAAGGAGAAACUGUGAGACAAAUGGCCAAAGACGGCCUUCCGUAUGUUGAGAAGUCUGCCGUCGAUAUUGUGAGGGAGCUGGGGCUCCGGGGCCUUUAUAAAGGAGCAUCUGCCUGUUUGCUCAGAGACGUUCCCUUCAGUGCCAUCUACUUCCCAGCAUAUGCAAAUAUCAAGAAGUUUGUGUUUGGCUUCGAUCCAAACAACCCAGCCAAGAAGAGCAAGCUCGAGUCAUGGGAGCUGCUUCUUAGUGGAGCGCUUGCCGGAAUGCCAGCGGCAUACUUCACGACUCCGUGCGACGUGAUCAAGACCAGACUCCAGGUGGAGAGUCGUCCUGGCGAGAAGGCGUACAAGAACAUUGCGGACGCAUUCUCCCGGAUAUUGAAAGAAGAAGGUUUCUCUGCCCUGUUCAAGGGCGGCAUCGCCAGAAUCUGUCGGUCAUCGCCGCAAUUCGGAUUCACGCUUGCAUCAUACGAGCUGUUCCAGAGCUGGAUUCCUCUCAAACGGUUCUACCCCGAUCAGACGUCCAGAACCCUGACUGACGGCCACGGCAACGUUCUCAAAUCUCUGACACCGACCUCGUCGCAAGAAACCGUGCACCACGAGCUUUCCGAGGGCGCGAAGCAGUUUGUGAGCACGUCGCUGGAGCUGAACCCGGCUCUCAACAGCUUCAACUACUACAAUUACCUUGAUUACAGGGGCAACAAGAAAUAG